GUAAACGGAACAAUAAUCUACUAAAGGAUUAAAGUAAUUUGUAAGGGGUUGUUACAUAAUGAAAACCCUGUAUAGAUUUUUAAGUCAAACGUUCCCUUUCCAAUAUGGUGGAGGCACUGACGUAUCGCUUCUACAGCUAAAGCGGCGCCUACUCGCCUACAACACCUACUACUGCUGGCUGGUGGCUGUCGCUCUAAUGCGCUUCUUCUUCGUUUGCUGCUUUGUUUAGCUGUAAGACCGAUCUUGCCCCGCCCAAACAAUGCAGCCCUGUAAACAUAUCCAGCGCACCUGUACGAUGCCGUAGUUUUGCACGCGCAUUUACGCUUAGCGCUGAGGACUAACCGCGCUCGCGCACCAAAUCCAUUUACGUUGUUGGUUGUAAAGAGGAACUACAUCGCCCUCUCUGCUCCGUUCCCUCCGUUCAGCAGAAUCAUCCGCCGGAGCUAAGUAACGGAAAGCUGGAAAGCCCUGCUGAAGGGAGCGGCAUUUUUUUUUCGGCAGGAAACACCCUCAAAGAGCGGGAGCGGUUGGUAGAGAAGAAUGGCGGAUUCAUGCGGCGAUAUGCCUGUCAAGGCCGAGAACUCGGAGUGCGCUGAAAUAGUUGUUGAUACAACUGAGCCGUCGAAAGCGAUUAGUACUGGUGCUGGUCUCGGCUCUGGCUCUGGUCCUUGCCCCAGCUCUGACCCUGCCCCUGGCUCAGACAUCGGCUCUGACCCCCGUCCUGGACUCGACCCCGACCCUGAAGCUGCACCUAAACUCAUCCCCAUGUCUGUAUCCAAACCGAAGGAAGCAGCGGCCCCUGGUUCUGGCGCUGUCUCCGGUUCUGACUCUUCUCUUGGCGCCGAUUCUGGCUCAGCAGAACCCAUGACUGUGUCCGAGUUUGAGGAGGCAGCGGCCGCUGCUCCCAGGACUGAACCUGGUCAUGCUCGCAACCCCGGCCAUGUCCCUGGUUCUGGUCGUGCCCCCUGCGCCGACUCUGUCCCCAUGGCGAUCUCUGGACCGGAGGAGGCUGCGCCCCCACCUCGGUUGCCCAAAACAGACGUGGAGCUGGUGAAGGGACAGGCAUUUGACGUUGGACCCCGCUACACCAACCUGGCUUACAUCGGGGAGGGAGCGUACGGGAUGGUGUGUUCAGCUCAGGACAACUGGACCCAACAGCGGGUGGCCAUCAAGAAAAUCAGCCCGUUUGAGCACCAGACCUACUGCCAGCGCACGCUGCGGGAGAUCAAGAUCCUGCUGCGCUUCCGCCACGAGAACAUCAUCGGGAUCAAUGACAUCAUCAGGGCGCCGCAGUUGGAGAACAUGAGAGACGUCUACAUCGUGCAAACGCUGAUGGAGACGGACUUGUACAAGCUCUUGAAGACCCAGAAGCUGAGCAACGAGCAUGUGUGCUACUUCCUUUACCAGAUCCUGAGGGGUCUUAAGUACAUUCACUCUGCCAAUGUGCUGCACCGGGACCUCAAGCCCUCCAACCUGCUCAUCAACACCACCUGCGACCUCAAGAUUUGUGACUUCGGCCUGGCUCGGAUAGCUGAUCCAGUUCACGACCACACUGGUUUCCUCACCGAGUACGUAGCCACACGUUGGUACAGAGCCCCAGAAAUCAUGCUCAACUCAAAGGGCUACUCAAAGUCUAUCGACAUGUGGUCUGUGGGCUGCAUCCUGGCUGAGAUGUUGUCCAACAAACCCAUCUUUCCUGGGAAACACUACUUGGACCAACUGAACCACAUACUGGGCGUACUUGGGUCACCAUCUCAAGAAGAUCUGAACUGCAUAAUUAACCUGAAGGCGCGGAACUACCUUCAAUCCCUGCCCCCUAAGACCAGGAUUCCCUGGGACAGACUCUUUCCAAAGGCAGAUCCAAAAGCCUUGGACCUGUUGGGUUGCAUGUUGACAUUUAACCCCAACAAGCGCAUCACUGUUGAAGAUGCCCUGGCUCAUCCCUACCUGGAGCAGUACUACGACCCCACCGAUGAGCCCGAAGCGGAGACGCCAUUUGACUUCACAACAGAACUGGACGAUCUUCCCAAGGAGACACUGAAGGAAAUGAUCUAUGAUGAAACGGCUCGUUUCCAGACGAUGAGCUGAGGAACAGUCAGUCGCAGUUUUACUGAGUUAUUCCAGCGACGCUUGGAGCCAGAAGACCCUGAACGAUAUGCUAAAACAAAAGAAACGUGCAUCCUGAAGAAACCAACAAAUAUAAACAUUAACCUGCUUAUUUUUGCAUUUCCACUGCAAGACGGAGCUAAGUAUAAAAAUGGGUUGCUGUUACUGAGCAGGGUAUGCUCUGUCAAAUUCAUGCCGUUUCCGUUUUGUCCAUGUUGGACUCCUCACACACCUCGGAUAUAAAUUUUUUUCCCCUUGUUUUUAAGCCUAUUUUUACUGCUCCGGCUUGUCUAGCACCUUCUGCAGUAACUCUUCUCACCAACGCGUAUGAACCAUCCUACUGUAUUAACCAGCUCCGUAACGCUCCUGAUCUCUGAGAACGAGUUACAGCUUUGAAUAUUUGAGGGCUUAAAGAACCGGGACGGGGAUGCUAACCGGGUGUGUGCAUGUAUGUACAGAAUAUAAUGGAUUUUCUAGUUUUUUUUUAAAUGUGGUUCUCAGUUUUUGUUUGUAAGGGUGUAUUUUUGAGUCUUUUUUUAGUUGUUGUUGUUUUGUGUGUUUUUGAUUUUUUUUUGUUAGUGCUUUUUAAACAAUUGAUAUUUUUAGUGGCAUGUUGUCAGGAUUUCCUUACAGUUUCUCCUUUUUCUGUACGAAAACCCAGCUGAAUGCAUGCAUUCCUGAAAUUGAGCAAAGGUGCAAAAAGAUCCUAGGGGGACAAAAUUGAUGCACAACUCACCCCAAGGCCAAGCACACUGAAGACUCCCACAUGGUUUAGCAACAUGACACAUACUGGAGGAAAUAAAGAUGAGGGAAAAAAUGCCCACAAGCUCAUUAAAAUAUUGCAGCUGUGAUACCAAAGUCCUUUUAUUUUCUAUUUUCCCCCCAGAACUUGUGGGAUUCUCUCUGUUGAGUAUUUCUUGCUUUGUUGUUGCUCUGCUCUCUAAGCUAUACAAAAAUCAUCAGCAAGGACUGGCAUGCAUGACUUCUUUUUUUCCUGUAUCACAUUACAUUCCCAUAACAAAAUUGUCACCAAUGACACUCCAUCAUGUAAAAAGAAAAAAAUCCUGCCUGUGUUCGCUACAGAUUAUUUAUUUGUUUAUUGAAUGAGGUUUUUGUUGUUGUUGUUGUUGUUGCUGCCUCUUUGAGUCUUGGUCCUUGUACCUCAAAAAUUGAGAGAGGCAACGUCUUUUCCCACGAUUGGUGCCGCCGUGCAUUCUUGCACAACAGUGCGCGGUGAAAUUCACUUGGCUGUUGGUGUUACAAGUGACGGUUGUGUCUUUUCAUGCUGUUACAUGCCAAACUGAUUGCUAGUGGCCAAGAAAGUUAUUGCAUCUUUUUUCUUUUAAUAAAAAAAAAAAAAUCUAUGUACAUUGCUUUGUAGGCUUAUGCUACAUAUGAGUUGGCCUCUGUUGCUGCAUCUGCGUCGUUCUGCCUAACAGGGAGGGUUUAUUUCUUGCUCUUGAUUCUGUAACUUCCUCUGUUCAGCUCUGCUCAUGUUCCGUGUUGGUUUGGACCUCCUGCUGCUCUGUGGAGCGCUAUUCGAUUGUAUUUCGUUGUUGUUUUUUGUUUGUGCUGGGACUAGUAAGAGAAGAUGCUCGCAGAGAAAAUGAUCUGCUCUGGAUCACUCGCGGCUGGCUUGUGAUGCUAAUCUUCCUGCCCUCAUCUUAUAUUCCUACAUCUCUGAUUCGUGUCGCUGUUCCCUCAGAAGCCAUAACCAGCUCUUUUUCUUUUUCUCCGUUUUCCUCCAAAUCCUCGCCAUGCUUUACUCAAAGGGCUGCCUCCUCAUCCUCCUCCUCGCCUCUCUGCUCGCUGUCCCCCAUCAGUUCUUCCGGGAGCAGAACACCUGGUCCGAUCCCGACCCAAUCAGCACGCCUGCACUUUGUCUUUCAAGCCAUGCGCCCUUCGUCUCCCCUCCAUUUUUUGGAGGCUAUUUAAGCUAGCCUCCAUCUUUUGUGUCGUCUUUGUAGAGCUUUUAAGUUCGGGUUGCAGAAAUGUAUGUCUGUGUAAAGACUGUUUGUGUAUUUGCACUGUUAAACCAAGACUCCUCUUUUUUUUCCGUUUUUUGGAUUAUCACUUACUCCCUGUGGAUUUUUAAUCCACCAGAUGUGUUCUUGGUGUUGCACGGAAAGGCCUCUCUUUUAUUAAUAUCAUUUCCUCCCUCUUAACACGCCACCUGACCCAAUAUCUUUUUUGGGAAUAAUGAAAGAGGAGGAAUCCUGACACACUCCUACACACACCCUCUCUGACUGACGUGAGGGGUUUGACCCCGUGUGUCGACAUUCACUGUAUCGGCAAGGGCCUGCCUGUCUUAAAGCCUGUUUAAGGAUGUUUUUAAAUGGCUAUUAUUAUUAAGUUUUAUUGGUAGAAUGCUUAUUUUUUUUCAUAAAAGGGAGUUCAGAUUUUUUUUUUGUGUGUUUUCUCUUAUGGCUAUUAUUAAUAUUACUAUAACUAGGAGUGUUUUCAGUCUUUCUGAAGCGUAUACUUUUUGUCUUUUAUGUUCUCCAACCAGAUCGUGAAAGGAUUAAUUUUGUUUUACAGAGAUUGUCGAGGAUAUGAGUCACUGAGAGUUAUAGUCUGUAUUCUGUGGUAUUAUUAAUUAAAUGAUUAACAAAAACAGAAUUAUAUACAUGGAAUUAAAUAAAAUUUCAACAUGCUGUUAACCCUG